GGGCAAAGGUCGUUCUCCGGACCGGUAUUCAGGUUGCACAGAUGGAGGGGGCAGCGGAACCUUUCUCCUCCGCCUAGCUCUCGCUUCCACCCGGUCCCAGUUGGCGCCGGACGCAGUAGUGGAGGCUUAUAAACAUGGAGACAGAGGAUACGGACACUGGAGAGCCGUCUUCUCGGCUGGGGGCUCCGGCGGCCACUAAUGACCGGCUUUUCGUGGUUAAAGGUGGAAUUUUCCUUGGUACUGUUGCUGCAGCGGGAAUGCUGGCUGGAUUUGUUACAACGCUAUCAUUGGCUAAAAAGAGAAGUCCUGAAUGGUUCAAUAAGGGAAGUGUGGCCACGGCUGCCUUACCGGAGAGCGGGUCUUCCCUUGCCUUGCGAGCCCUGGGGUGGGGCUCACUUUAUGCCUGGUGUGGGGUUGGUGUGAUCAGCUUCGCAGUCUGGAAGGCCUUAGGAGUUCACAGUAUAAAAGACUUUCGAAGUAAAAUGCAAUCAAUAUUUCCAGCAAUUCCCAAGAACUCUGAAUCGGCUGUUGAAUGGGAGGAAGCAUUGAAAUCCAAAUGAGAUGAGCAUGGUGGGUGAAGUCCAGAACGAUUGUUACAGGAAAAGCUGGCUUUGGAGAUGUCACAACAGCAAAGGGACUCGACGGAUUUCUCCUCAGGAACACAUGCAGAUUGUUGAGUGAACCUGUGGGAUGGAUGGCAUUCAGUGUCCCCAUAGGAGGCUGACAGUCAUUUCUGUGUGCUGUACUUUAUUACAACUGAUUUGGUUAUGUUCAUAUGGGGGUGGGGGGUGUUGGAGGGAGGGCAAAGUUUUCCUAAAGUUAGGAAGACUAUUUAAAAAUAAUUAUAUGGGUACCUUCUCUAUGUGGAGGAAAUCCCAGGGGAAAUACUUCUAUGACUGUAACAGUUGAAACCAAGUUUUUUACCUGAAAAACAAAAUUAUAACGUAUGAUGGAAAAUCUUUAUAAACAGACUCCUAACAGCAGUAGUACCUCUAAGUCUAAUUAAAUAAGUUUCAGCAGC